GUGGACGAAAGUUCAAGUUUGAUCGCUACGGAGAGAAAAUUUUAACCGACAACCGAAGAUAGUCAAUAGAAUUCCAAUAUCAUAAAACUCUUUUCCAUUGUCUUCACCAAAUUCAUCAAUCAACUUUUACACACAAACACGAUCAUCAUGUCCUUUCGGCUGUCAGCAGUGCUUCUUUUUCUCGCACUGCCUAUCUCGAUCAUUUCUCGGGUUGACUUGGGCGGUGGACACAUGGGACUUGCGCAAACCGAUACGUGUCCAAAGCUACCUUCCAGCUACAGCUGCACCGAACUCGAUGAUGACUGGCCAGAUCAAGGCCUUAGCUGUCCUGAAGCACAUCAUGAUAUUCCUCGUCAUACACUCGCUAUCAUGUCCGCUACGAUGAUCCAAUUAGGAAAAUACAAACCGUUGCAAAAGUCCGAUUUUCCGGUAGACGAAUGUUAUACGUCGGCUCCCAAUAGUACAACCACUGCUUUUGGCUUCAUCAGCCAGGGCACAUUUGACAUGUGGUUUUUUGCUCAUGAUAAAUGUGAUUGCGAACCUGGCAAAUUACCUCAAUGUAAUGAUCGAGCAACCGAAGCUCAAAAGUGCAAUUUACGAACCUUCACACUCUGUAAAGUUACCAAGAAAGGCUUCACUUGCAAACCCAAGCAUCAUGAUGGCUGGAAACCACUACCAGCCAUUGAAGACAAAAUCCAAAAAACUAAAGAACCCACUGAAAUCGAAACCGAACCUGAAACUGUAUUUGGACAGCAGCAGCAAUCCUUCAACAUUCAUGAUCGGAAAUCUUUCUCCUUCAUGUCAGGAUGGUGGAAGCUCUUGGAACUUCUAGGGAUCUUUGGUGUUAUCUAACCAUGAACUACUUCGAACCUUGAAGUUCUGUCCUUCAAUUUAAAUGCUCAUCUUAUUUAUGUGUAACCCGCCCUUUAUUCUUUACAUUUCGUAUGUAAUCAUUUCUUGAAGUUGUAAGAUAUUUUUCAGACGUUUCAUGUUUCAAAAACCUCGUCAAACUAUUAUGACACCAUGUUACACACCUG